AUGUCGCUCCUCCCAUGGCCGUUAACACUCUUCAUCGCCUUCUCCACCUGCUUCCCGCCAUAUACACAAGCUCAAGAAGUGACAUCUUCCGUCAAUCCCGCUCCUUUGGGGUCAACAUGUACCCCAGGAGAGGCAGGAUACUACGACUUGGGCUUGCACAUCGCGAGCGUAUUCGUCCUACUCGUCGCUUCUGCACUAGGCGUUUUCUCGCCCGUAGUCUUGGGAGAUAGGGGUAAUAAGAACGGAUGGUUUGGGACUACUUUCUUUACGCUCAAGUACUUUGGUACGGGCAUCAUUAUCAGUCUGGCGUUCUGUCAUCUACUGCACGAGGCGAUUGUGGCUUUCUUCAACCCCUGCAUUGGCGAGCUGUCUUAUCCGCCCACAGCACCGUCGAUUGUCAUGGCAUCCAUGUUCGUCAUCUGGCUCGUCGAUUUCUUCGGCUCUCGAUGGAUAGCCAUGAAAGAUGCUGAAACCGCUCGAAACACACCGCGACAUGCGGAUCCCCUCUCCCAAAGCGAGACGCCAGUCAUGGCGGACAUGGCUUGUUGCAGUACAAAAGUCCAAGCUGUCGAGUCGUUUGACGGAGCGAGUAGGAGAGCGCAUUGGGAUGUAAAUUUGCUCGAGGGAGGCAUUGUCUUCCAUUCCAUCAUGAUCGGGGUAUCACUCGGGGCGCAGACGAAAGGUUUCAAGCCCACAUUUGCAGCUCUCGUCUUUCACCAAUUGUUCGAAGGACUGGGUCUCGGCUCGCGGAUCGGGAUGCUCAUCUGGCCACCCGGCAUCGCUUCCAUCCUCAAAAAGUACUCCUUAUGUCUGGCCUACACCCUAGUAACACCCGGAAUCGGAGUCCACCAAUCAUUCAACGAAAACGGCCGUUCCGAGCUACUCGCCAUUGGUAUCCUCAACUCCAUCUCCGCCGGGAUCUUGCUCUAUGGCGGGCUGUGCCAGCUGUUGUAUGCAGAGUGGGUGGUGGGUGAGAUGAGGGGAGCGUCGGGGCGGAAGAUAGGGCUUGCGUUGGGGGCAUUGGUGGCGGGGAUGAUUGCUAUGGGUGUUAUUGGGAAGUGGACGUGA